ACACACACACACACACACACACACACACACAAACCCAUACAGAGGGCGGGUACUGGAUCAGACCCAGCUUCACUUCAUCCUCAUCCACAUACCAGAGGAAGUGGACCUCCCCCGCCCCUACUGACCCGGGGAGUCAACACUGAUGGAGAAACAGGCCGGAGCUGCCGGAGCUGCCGGGGCGGCGGACGGAGCAGGGCCCAACAGAAAGCCGUGGAGCUCGACGACCUGCGGACCAGCGGCCGGUGAGACUGUGGAGAGUCCCUCAGGUUCUCAUGUGGAGUGGUGUAAACAGCUGAUCGCAGCCACCAUCUCCAGUCAGAUCUCAGGAUCAGUCCCACCUGACAUCGCAAACAGGGAUAACAAGGCUGGGAGACGACCAGAUUUCAUGGUGUCCAAGAGGCUGAUUCCCAGGAACCUUCCUGCUCUGAGAUACGGGGCUCAGGUCAGGAUGUCCCAAAACCAGGUUCCUCUGCUGCCAGGAGAGACCGUCCAGACCACAGUCAAGGAUGUGAUGUACAUCUGUCCGUUCAGUGGUCUGGUUACUGGGACUCUGACCAUCACAGACUACAAGCUCUACUUCAGCAGUGUGGAGCGGGAGUCUCCGUUCAUCCUGGAUGUGAACCUGGGAGUCAUCAGCAGACUGGAGACCAUCAGUGUUUCCACACAGGGAGAGAACACCAAGGGCCUGGAGCUGGUCUGCAAGGACAUGAGGAGUCCCAGGUUUGCCUACAAGACAGAGGAGAGUCAUCCAGAUGUGGUGCAGGCGCUGGCCAAACACGCCUUCCCCCUCUCCCACAGCCUGCCGCUGUUCGCCUUCCUGUACAAGGAGCAGUUUCCUGUGGACGGCUGGAAGGUGUACGACCCAGCGGCAGAGUACAGGCGCCAGGGUCUCCCUAACGAGAGCUGGACCAUCAGUAAGAUCAACACCAGCUAUGAGCUGUGCGACACCUACCCCUCCGUCCUGGUCAUCCCCACCAACAUCGCAGACGAAGACAUCAGACGAGUGGCCGUCUUCAGAGCCAAGCACCGCAUCCCGGUCUUGUCCUGGAUCCACCCCGAGUCUCAGGCCACCAUCGUGCGCUGCAGCCAGCCGCUAGUCGGACCUUCGGACCGUCGCUGUAAAGAGGACGAACGCUUCCUCCAGAUCAUCAUGGACGCCAACGCACAGUCCCACAAGCUCACCAUCUUUGACGCCCGGCAGAGCAGCGUGGCCGUCACCAACAAGGCCAAAGAUGGAGGGUUCGAGAGCGAGAGUUACUACCCCAACGUGGAGCUGAACUUCCUGGACAUCCCCAACAUCCACGUGAUGAGGGAGUCGCUGAGGAAGAUGAAGGACGUGGUUUAUCCCACCAUAGAUGAAGCUCACUGGCACUCUGCUAUCGACCAGACUCACUGGCUGGAGUACAUCCGGCUGCUGUUAGCGGGAGCAGCUAAAGUAGCUGAUAAGCUGGAGUCGGGGAAGACGUCGGUGGUGGUUCACUGCAGCGACGGCUGGGACAGAACCGCUCAGCUCACCUCUCUGGCCAUGCUGAUGCUGGACAGCUACUACCGCACACUCAGAGGCUUCCAGGUUCUGGUGGAGAAGGAGUGGAUCAGUUUUGGACACAAGUUCGCUGCACGCGUGGGUCACGGUGAUGAGAACCAUGCUAACUCGGAGCGCUCCCCCCUCUUCGUCCAGUUCAUCGACUGUGUUUGGCAGAUGACUCGCCAGUUCCCAGCAGCCUUUGAGUUCAACGAGUUGUUCUUGAUCACUGUGCUGGACCACCUCUACAGCUGUCUGUUUGGUACAUUCCUAUACAACAGUGAAGAGGAGAGGGCAGCCAAGGUGCCGGUGCACCAGACCCUGAAGGAGCUGCUGAUCCUGAGAGCAGAGCUGCAGAGGAGGGUGGAUGAGCUGCAGAAGGAGACCACCUCCCACUCCCUCUCUCAGCAGCACCCACACCUGUGA